CACCAAUUUGGAAUAAUUCCAUACCCAACUUCUUUUUCCAGCCAUCUUCAAAUUUUCCGUAAAACUCUUUAAUAUUUGCUAAGGCUUACUGUGAAGUGGCUCAAAUCAAGUGCAGCUCGAAACUAAAUCUGUCUCGAGAGCUGUGUUAAGUAGCAAGGCGGCUCAAAAAGGAAAAAAAGCUACGAACAGUGGUUUUUCACCAAUAUAUUCAAAAAUAUGUUAUACCUACUUGUUUAAAAAAAAAGUGUCCAAUCCUGAUAAUAAAAUUUUACCGAUGAGGGCAGUGAUACUUAAAUGAGAGCUUUCCAUUUAAAAAUAUCUAUGUUUGUUGCUGUUGAAAAUGAUUAAAAGAUAAGAAGUAGGUAUCUGCUAAAGUGUUUGAAAUUUUAAGAGACGAGACUGCUUGCUAUGUCGUAAAACUAUAAAUCAACCAAAAUUUUUUAGACUAAACAUUUUGUUGGGUAAAUCCUGGGGAAACCCACAACAGCUGUUGUACUGCAUGUCUUGCAAACUUUAAGCAAGGUAAUGAAAAAUAUGGGAAAGUCCAAAGUGGCGCUCGGGUCAUGUUCGUCUCUUAGACCCAUUAAGAAAGAUUGUGUAGGUAAAACUUGUAAUUGUUGACCCAGACAGGCUGUGAGGUCGCUUAUUUAAACACAGUCAGCUUGUAGAGCAUCACAGAAAGUUUCUCAUAUUAUACUUGAAUUUCUUUUAAGUAUCAGUGAUCUAGCGAUAAAUUUUUACACAGGCGCGUUAUAGAACCAUCUUUUAAUUUCAAAAAGUAAAAAUAAAAAAUGGAUGGAAAAAGAAGUUGGGUAUGGAAUUAUUCCAAAUUGGUGAAUGCAUCAAAAGGACAAUUUGUGUUAUGUAAAGUGUGUGGAAAACACCUUACUUAUUCUUCCGGUACGACAACAAACAUUGCGAGACAUUUGAAACUUCAUAAUCUUCCGAAAGAAAGCUGCGAUAUUGAAAAUACUGACGAUAGGUAAGAUUUUUUUUACAAAAAAAAUCUAUGUAUUUUUUUGUAAGAAUAUCAUUAAGUAUCUUAUCCAUCUACUGAAGCAAAAUAACAAAUACAUCAUGUGUUUUUAUUUACUACCUCAUAUAACUUAUUGACAAAAAAUACAUCUUAAAUAAUCAUAAUAUUUACAGAGAAAUUUCCGAAAACGAUUUUCCAUCUACCUCUUCAACCGACGACAGCAACAGAAAACGCAGACGACAAGCACCAACUGAAGCCAAAUGUAAUCCUGAAAAGCAAGAGGCUUUGACUUCAAGCAUCGCAUUACUAAUUGCUCGGCAAAAGCAGGCUUAUAGUUUUGUUUCAUCACCUGAAUUUAGGAAUAUGAUUCACACUGCAGAACCUGGUUACCAAGUGCCAUGUGAACGAACAAUAAAAAAGAGACAUCAAAUGUAUUAUAAUUCCAUUCGUGCAAAUAUUGAAAAAGAAUUGACUGAAGCAAAAAGUGUUGCUCUUUCUACUGAUGAAUGGUCAUCGAGAGUACAAGAGAGUUACCUCUCUAUUGAGAUUCAAUUCAUGAAUGAAAAUUGCACUUUGAGACGAUUUACCUUAUGUACAGAAGGAUUAAAAGAUGAAAGACCAAAUGCGGAAAACCUGGCAUUGUCGUUAAUAAACACAAUGGAGAGUUGGAAUCUAAGAGAGAAGACAGAAGCAAUCCUCCAUGACAAUGCUAGAGCAAUCCAACUCGCAGGCCAGUUAACUGAAGUUCCUUAUAAUUUAAAUUGCGCCGCUCAUACUUUGCAGUUGGUGGUACAGGACUCAUUAAAUUCGGUAAAACCAUAUAAAUCAGUUCUUAAUAAAGGUUCUGAUAUUGUAAGUCAUUUUAGCCACUCAAAUGUUGCGAGUUCAAUACUAAUACAACGUCAAGAGCAUUUAAAUAUGCCAAAACGAAAACUUAUACAACGAGUUGUUACACGCUGGGAUUCUUCUUUAGAUAUGGCAAAAAGUCUUGUAAUGAAUAAACAACCUGUAAGUUUAGUAUUAAAUGAUCGUGAUGUUACAAAGAAAAAAGUAGCACAAUCGUUUAUAAUGAAAAGGCGAGAAUGGAAUUGCCUUGAAGAAAUAGUUAAAAUAUUAACUCCUUUCAAAAUUACCACAAAAUUAUUAUGUAGCGAAUCUUCCCCAACACUGUCACUUGUACGUCCUUUACUCAAAGCUCUUAAAACAAUACACUUGAAAGCUCAACUUAAAGAUAAUCUAAGAAUCAAGAAACUUAAGUUGGCCGCUAAAGCGGCAAUCAAUAGAAGAUUUGAUUUGGAUACUCCAAAUCUCACGGCGGCUCAUUUCGCAUCAUUUUAUGAUCCGCGUUUCAAGAAUUUGGAUCAUGAAACGCCAUUGAUGCGAAAUGAAAUAAUAAAGGCUGUGAAGGAAAGGAUGGAAGCUCUGAGUGCUGAUUCGAAGGAGAAUAAUAAAGUAAAUAACGAAAAAGAAAAUGUAUCAGCACUCAGUUUUCUUUUCCCAAACAGAAAGAAUUCUCAUGAUGUAAUUUCACAAUUAAAUUCUUAUAUUAAUAUGCCCCAAAUUCAUCAUGAUUCCAAUCCAUUGGAAUGGUGGAAAAAUCAGAAAGAGCGAUUUCCUUUAGUUUUCCAAGAAGCACAAAAGUUUCUUGGAAUUCCAGCCACAUCCGCAAGUUCCGAGAGAACUUUCUCAACGGCCGGACAGAUUUUGAGGGCAAGGAGAUCAGCGCUGAAAUCAGAAAAUGUUAAUACGCUGAUCUUUUUGGCUCAAAAUUCACACGUUGAGACGUGAGAAAAGGAGUCUAAAUAAAUCUAAUAAGAUAUAAUCUUUGAGGAGUUCGGAUCAGCAGUCGAAUAAGGAAAGUCAGCGAUGUCUUAUCGCUAGUAGCAACGUUUCGGCAAUUUUAUUUCCAUCAUCAGGCUCUGUAAAAUGGAUUACAUAACUAGCGAC